CAUUAUUCUGAGAUCGCAUGCAGAUAUAAAUCUGUCAGAAAUAAUUUCGUGAUAUUGUUUAAUUAUUUAUCUAGAGGAAUAGCCCUAUCUCGGCGAAGAGAACUUUUGAUCGUUGCAAAACGAUCAGUUCAAACAAUUGUUUACAUUUUAGGACUUCAGGUAACAGAGACACUGCUAACUAAGGCGAGAGAAUAUACAUUAUUGUGUUUGUCUAAAUAUUUGCAACAAGCAAUGAGGGUAACAACAUUCUUGGUGUUGCUUAUUUGUACGGGAGCAAGAAACGCUGAUAUAGAUCCAUUGAAAACAAUUAUUUGGGGCCCAGGACUGAAACCAGCAGAAGUUACGAUGCGUGCAAGAUAUUUCUUUUUGCAACUCGUCGAUUUGCAUGGAGGAAAUUUAACAAAAUCUCCUGGUGAGAAUAUAAUUACUGGACAAGUAUACGGACAAUCCUUUAAUGGUGCAUCGUGCCGUGUAUGGACUCAAAUCUUUGACUGCAAAGAUGGAAGUUUUAUUAUGCGCUACAAAGUUUUUAAUACCUGUUUUAAUGUUAAAAUUAAAGUGAAAAUUAAAGAAAAAGAGUUACUAGUAUCCCAUUCAAAGAUCAAAGAUCCUGUUUAUGAGGAAGAAUGUUACUGUCCGAAUCCAUCAAUCACUAACUGGUUGGAUCAUUAUCAGUGUCAACAAAAUUACACUCAAAUACAUCGUGAUCUAUCUCCUUUUUCAAAUAUUGAUUUUGAUAAAGUACGUCAAAGCAUUAUCAAAAGAUAUGAUCGACCAACCAGUGUCAGCAUUUGUCAUUAUAUAUUGAAAUCUAACAGAAUUUACAGACAAUGUUAUGGUCAGUACGUUGGCUUCAAAAUAUUUAUGGAUGCUAUAUUGCUAUCACUCGCACGCAAAGUGACGCUGCCAGAUAUUGAAUUCUUCGUAAAUUUGGGCGACUGGCCACUUGUUCCUGAUUCGGGACCACUUUACCCUAUUUUUUCAUGGUGCGGAUCUGAAAGUACGAAAGAUAUUGUUAUGCCUACAUACGAUAUCACAGAAUCAUCUCUAGAAGCGAUGGGAAGGGUAAUGUUAGACACGCUCUCCGUACAAGGUAAUGGACUGCCAUGGGAGUACAAGACUGAGCAAUUAUUUUGGCGUGGACGUGAUGCCAGAAGGGAACGCCUUGACUUAAUAGAUAUUUCAAGAAAACAUCCGGAACUCUUCAAUGUAUCCAUUACUAAUUUUUUCUUCUUUAGGGACGAAAUAGAUAAAUAUGGACCUGCACAAAAUCAUGUAUCAUUUUUUAAUUUUUUUAAGUACAAAUAUCAAUUGAAUAUUGAUGGCACAGUAGCAGCUUAUCGAUUCCCAUAUUUACUUGCUGGAGAUUCUUUGGUGUUUAAGCAAGAAUCCAAGUAUUAUGAAUUUUUUUAUAAAGAUCUUACACCUGGAUUACAUUAUGUACCUGUGAAAAGUGACCUGUCGGACCUUGUCGAAAAGAUUAUGUGGGCAAAGGAGCAUGAUGAGGAUGGAUUGAGAAUUGUUAAAUCUGCCAGACAAUUUACCAGGGAUAAUUUAUUACCACGUGAUAUAUUAUGUUACUAUACAGUUUUAUUUCAUGAAUGGAGUAAACGCUUAAAGAGUAAAGUUGAAGUAUUAAAUAACAUGGAAGAAGUACCACAACCUAGUCAUUCUUGUCAGUGUCAUUUUCAGAAUUCAAACCUUCGAGAGGAAUUGUAGUUUUUAACAUCUUUUUUAACAUUAUUUUUUUAUGAUUUAUUUAUAUAAUGAAAUUUAACAGAUUCACAUUGCCAUACAUGUAUCAUCUAUUAUGGGUGUACACAAAUGCACAAUCUGUUUACUAAGAUUUUA